AUGGGGAUGAACGGUAAGUUGCCGAACGGCGGCGGCCACGGCGAGAUCGGCUACCACCUCGCGCUGCUCCUGAGGAGCAGGUCGGUGCAGGUGACGCUCAUCCAGGACAGCGCCGCGAAGAUGAACACCCCGCCGUUCAACUCCUACGGGGACCUCGAGGCGGCCGGGGUCACGGUGAAGUACGCGGACCUGGCGGGCGGCGGGCUGGCCGCUGCGCUGGAGGGCGUCUCCCCGUGCACCCACGUGUUCGACAACCAGAACGUCUGCCCCAGGGACGUGCAGAAUGCCGUGGCCGCCUGGAGUCCCAAGAACUACUCCUACGUGAGCUCUGGCGGCAUGUACAAGGUGGUCGGCGACUACGCAAUGAGCGAGUCGAACCCGGUGAAGCCAGACAACAAGCAGCUUGCCAACGAGAACGCGGCCAAGGCACUAGGCCUGCCGCUCACCGCCUUCCGGCCGCAGUACAUCUACGGCCCGAAGACGAACAAGCGCGAGUACAUCGACUGGUUCCUGCACCGCAUCCUUGGCGACGUGCCGAUACCCCUGCCCAAGACCUGCAGCGAGGACGGCAGCCUGAAGACCACCCUGACGAACGCAAAGGGCAUUCUGCAGUGCGAGGUCCGAGGCACCCGCCAGUUUGGCCCCUCGUGCGGGGUGCGAGGCUGGGGAGACAUUCCCAGGGCCCUCAUGGAGGCGUGCCAGGCGUUGGCCUUCGGGCUGGCGGGGUCGAGUGCCGUUUGUGUGCAGGGCCAGUCUGACUGGGCACUGCAGGCAGGGACCACCGACGUCGUGCUCUUCUCGCAGCGUGAACUGGACCGUGUCACGGGGUCCGGUCCCUCAUCCCGGGUCGCCUUCGUGCGGUCCCACGGGCCGCAGCCCUCCAGCCCGAGCCCGCCGCCGCAGCCGCGACCCCGCGGAGGGCCGGCCGCCCUUGGGCGGCGCGCGCGCGCGCCCGACGCCCGCGGCCCCAUGCCGGAGCGGCCGCCCGCCGCGGCGCGCCCGCCGCGGCGCGGCCGCCCGCGGCGCGCCCGCCGCGGCGCCGCCUCGCGGCCCGCGGCCGCGGCCGCGCCCGCCGCGGCGCUGCUCGCCGCGGCGGCGCGGGCGCUCGCGGCGCCGGCGGCGCCCGCGGGCCUCGGCGCCCCCCCCGCGGCGCCGCCGGCGGGCCCGCGCGCGGCGGCCUCGUCGCGGCGCGGCCGCCGCGCGGCCCGGCGCGGGGGCCGGGCGGCCCCCGCGGCGGCCGCGGUGGGGCCCCGGCGGGGGGCCGCUGCGGGCGCUGCCGCUGCAGGAGGAGGCUGCGUCGCUGCUGGCCUACGCCUCGGGGCUGCUGGACCAGCUGCCGGCCCAGGUGGAGGCGCUGGGCCCCGCAGGCCCGGCCGUGUUCUUCGGGGCCUUCGUGCUCACCUCGAGGUGCUUUUCGCUUCCCGCCUCCCCGCUCAUGCUGUCGAGCGGCUACCUGUUCGGGCUGGCGGGCGGGGCCGGCCUGGCGCUGGCGUCGCUGUGCACCGCGGCGACCAUCUCCUUUUUCUUAGCUCGGACCGUGUUCAGGCCGCAGCUUAUGAAGAUGGCCUCGGAGAACGCCACCUUCCGGGACAUAGACUGUGCCGUGCAGGAAGAGGGGUUCAAAAUCAUAUUCUUGCUGCGGUUGGCGCCGCUGCUGCCGUUUGCGCUGUCCAAUUACGCCUACGGGUUGACGCAGGUGAGCUACAGGGAUUUCAUCCUUGCCACGAUGUUUGGCUGCGCUCCAGGCACCAUAGCGGUCGUGUACCUGGCUACAGCGGCCAAGUCGGCUGGGGAAGGGGGAGGCCAGCCCUGGUAUGUGUAUGCUGGCAGCAUUGCCGCCACGGUGGCCCUUCUGAAGGUGGUGACGGACGUGGCGCAGGAUGCGGUCAAGAAGUCCGUCGAGAAAGGGCGCGCCGGCUGCAUUGUCGAAAAGCAGUGAGUCGGUAUUUUUGAGGGGAUGUAAGUCCUGGGAGGGUGAAUUAAGCAUCGGUAACGAAACCUUCCCAGGAGUUGCCUCCCGGCCCUCCUCCUCGCCCUUCUUCUGUUCCUCCUCGCCCUCCUCAUCCUUACGUUCUUUUUCGCACCGCCAGUGUGCCAGGCGCAGGCGGAGUGAGCCGGCGGGCACCGAGGCGGGCCAGCGGGAGACAUUAAGGGUGUAUUUGGGCUGCCUCCCUUCCCUGGCGUUGCCCAGGCUGGGGCUGCUUUGAGUGCCACUUCCUCCCGUGCAUGGUGGGACGUUCGGGGGAGCACGCGUUUUUUUUUUGAGCGCAUCAGGUGUUGAUCCAGAACAACCAGAGUCUAGAACGG